AUUAUGUAAAAUAUAAUGUUUUAAAUUUAAAUUAAUUUGAUGUGAAAAGUUUUCCCACACUUGAUUUGAUGGAGAGCGCGAGAAGUUUAUUUCCUCUUUGUUUUUAAUUUAUUAUUUUCUUACAAAGAGAGCAGGAGAGGGGUUCAGAGGAUGAUGAAUCAUGAAUGGGGGAGCUGAGCCCUAGGCCUGCUGAAUUGCCCAAUUAUAAAACGAUGGAGAGAAACCAGAAUGGUACGCGCAUCGAUGGCGGUGCGGAGACUGGAGAGUCGCGUAAUCGUGUCUGUGUCUUGAUCAAACUGGAAAUUGGAAACGCUCUCCUCUCCAGCUCUAUGAAUAUCUUCAAAUCACCAUAUCCAUUCUGAUUCCUCAUGUUGCUUUCUUCCUCUUCUCCAAUCGCUUUCCUCGUUCAAUACGGCCUAGAAACAAUAAGCAAAUGUUGAGACUUGCAAGGACUGGACUCGGACUCUCUUCGUCUUCUUCUUCACUGCAUCUAUCACGGCGUCUGAACCACCCGCCGAAAUUAUCAACGUUUGCCGGAAACACUACUUUCAUUACUGCAGACAACAGUGACGUCGCUUCUCUUAAUUCCACCUCCUUUUCUCCACGAGAGUUCGAUCGCCAAAAAACAGAUUAUCAAACCCUUUUUCGUGUUCUUGAAGCGUGCAAAUUCUCUCCUAACUUAGGAGCUGUGAGUGGCACCCAUUCCGCAGUUGUUAAACUCGGUUAUGGGACAUACCAAUCCCUCAUAUUGUCUCUAAUAUCAGUAUACAUAUCUUCUGGCUGCCCUAAUCUUGCUCGUCAUCUUUUAAAUGAAACUCCCAGUUCAUCUUUUGAUGUGAUCUCUGCCAAUUUGAUUAUUACAAGUUUUAUGAGGAUAGGAGAUAUUGAUACGGCGAAGAAGGUAUUUCAUGACAUGCCCAUCCGUGAUGUAGUCUCAUGGAACUCAAUGAUUGGAGGUUAUGUAAAAAAUGCACACUUUGAGGAGGCUUUGAGGAUUUUUCAGGAGAUGAUGUGCUCAAAUGUUGAACCAGAUGGGUUCACAUUUGCAUCUGCUAUAAGUGGGUGUGCACGGCUGGGUGCACGUGAUUAUGCUAAGUGGAUACAUGGUAUAAUGAUUGAGAAGAAAAUUGAACUAAAUAACAUUUUGGGUUCAGCACUUAUAGACAUGUACUCAAGAUGUGGAAGAAUAGAAACUGCAAAAGAAAUUUUUGAAGCUAUUAAAAGAGAUGAUAUAUCUAUUUGGAAUGCAAUGAUUAAUGGGCUAGCAGUUCAUGGUCUAGCCAUAGAUGCAAUUGCAAUAUUCUCAUGCAUGGAGGCAGAGAAUGUUUCACCUGAUUCUAUAACAUUUCUUGGAAUAUUUACAGCAUGUAGCCACUGUGGGUUAGUGGAACAGGGUCAGAAAUUCUUCAAUUUGAUGAUGUUUUAUACAGUUCAGCCGCAGCUCGAGCAUUAUGGAGCCAUGGUUGAUCUCCUGGGUCGAGCAGGACAUCUAGAUGAAGCUUAUGCAUUAAUUAAAGAAAUGCCGAUGGAACCUGAUAUUGUUAUAUGGAGGGCACUUCUCAGUGCUUGUAGAACUUGGAGAAAUUCUGAUUUGGGUGAAGUUGCAAUUAAGAAAAUUGAAAACCUCAACAGUGGAGAUUAUGUUUUGCUGUCAAAUAUUUAUUGUUCUGUAAAUAAAUGGGAUAGUGCUGAGAGAGUGAGAAGCGCAAUGAGAAAAAAUGGAAUCCGAAAAAAUAGUGGAAAGAGCUGGAUUGAGAUGGCAGGUGUCAUUCAUAAAUUCAAAGCUGGCGAUCAAUCACACUUGGAAAGAGGAGCAAUAUACAAGGUUUUGGAAAGUUUGAUUCAGAGGACCAAAUUGGAGGGAUUUAUUCCCACAAUAGAGUUGGUAUUGAUGGAUGUGUCUGAUGAGGAAAAAGAAGAAAAUCUGAAUUAUCACAGUGAAAAAUUGGCAUUGGCAUAUGGGAUCUUGAAAACUAGUCCUGGAAUGGAGAUCCAGAUAGCAAAAAACCUGCGGACUUGUCUUGACUGUCAUUCUUGGAUGAAAAUUGUCUCAAGGAUGCUUAACAGGGUCAUAAUUGUGAGGGACCGUAUCCGUUUUCAUCGAUUUCAAGGUGGUCUAUGCACUUGUGGAGAUUAUUGGUAGUCAACUUUAAGGCAUCUUGGCACAUAAAAAGACAAAUUGGAGUACCUUGGAGUUUGCAAUUCUGGUACCUUUGACGGAAGUUAUUGGCAUGCAUAUGGACACUUCUGGAACCAGUAGAGCCGACACUACAAGCACAAGAAGCAUAAGGCGUGAAAUCCGUACCCAUGCAAUGGACUUGAAAGGUGGCUGCAACAGCUUUUCAAGAUACAGAUUAUAACAUAGUUUGAGUUUGAGGGAAAGAAACCGUGUCCUCUGGAGGAACUACUUAUUGCUUGCCGGGGCAAAUGCUUACUUGGGAG